UGCAGGGGUGAAGGCGAACAUGGCUGCGCUCAGGACAACGCGGUGUGUUAUCCAAAGCGCCCGGCUUUUUGCAAACACGGAACAGCCGUGCAUUAGAGGUCUGUGCACCCAGAGCCCCGGGGAACUCGGAGUGAAAACUGCAGGUAUCAGAAAACCUCAAUUCAUGGAUAAAGAUGUUCAGAGUAUUCUUACCAGAAUAACGGGCUUGAAUCUGGAGAAGGUGUUCAAGCCUAUGAAGCAGCAUUUGACGCCACCUCAGUACAAGCUACUGACUAAUGAGCAGCUUGAGGAGGCUCGGCGUAAAGCAGAGGAAGCAGCUAAAGAUCGCCUCCGCAUGCCACCAGUCCUGAAUGAAAGGGAACCAAUUUGUGACGUACUUGCAGAAGAUAAGAUUCUUGAAGGUUUGGAAAUGGCUAAAUAUGUCUUCACAGAUAUAACAUAUGACAUUCCACACAGAGAGCGAUUUAUUGUGGUGAGGGAACCUAAUGGGGUGCUGCGCAAAGCAACCUGGGAAGAACGGGAUAGGAUGAUCCAGGUCUACUUUCCUCGCGAAGGUCGCAGAAUCAUUCCACCACCAAUUUUUAAGAAUGAAAAUCUUAUGGUUGUUUUUGCUCAGGAUCAUCUUGAAGACAUUCUUGAUCUCUGUAUUGUCCAAUUUGAGCCAAAUUCUGCUGAUUACAUCAGGGUUCACCACCAGACAUACGAAUAUAUUGAUAAGCAUGGCAAGUAUGAUCUUCUCCGAUCAACUAGACACUUUGGAGGUUUGGUGUGGUACCUGGUCAACAGGAUGAGAAUUGAUGGUUUAUUAAUAGACAUGAUUCAAAGAGGUCUAAUGGAUGAUGCUGUAAGUGUGAUUUGGCUGUAUCACUUGCUCCAUCCAGAGUGCCAGUCAGCAAAGGAGGCAAACAAACAGCAAGCCAAGGGUAGCGAAUUGAUUAAGGUAUUUUCACAAACUGAUUCCAAGAAGGGAGGCUAUAUUGAAUUAGCUUUGCAAGUUUAUCAGGAAACACUCAACGGCUCUGCUAAUCAGGAUCUACACAGGAGUGAAGAACAAAACUGCUCUUAAUCUAAUCCAACUUUACUCUGUUUUGAUCCUGUGAAAACAAUUGAUGGCAGAACAUUUAAUUUCCAUUCCACUUGCUUUUGGAAAAAAAUCAUUCACUGUAGCAACAUUGUGGUCAACUUGUACAGACAUUACCUUCUUAUAAAAUUCAAGGUUUUCUAUUGCAGGGGAAGUGAUUUAAUAAAUAUUUAACUGUUAUUGGCUGCCUUUGAACCCCUUCCUAUGUCAGUGGACACAUUGAGCCAGGGGAGUCAUGAUUGUGUUUACAAUCAUUAGGGCUGGACAGUGUUGCCCUUUGUUUUUAAAAAUAAUUGUAUGAAAAGUUCAACAUUGGUUUUGCAGAGCA